AGGUUCCAAACGCUCCGCGGCGCCAUGGGCUGAAAACUCAACCGAGAUGGAAUCUCCCAGUCUGAACCGGUUUCAACCGGUUCCGAGUUUGAGGCACUAGGAGGAGGGGGAGAAGCGGCUGCAGCGGCCGCGGCAGGAGCAGCGGGAGCUUCAGCAUCAGCGGGAGCAACAGUCGCUACAGCCCCGGCGGCCGUGCCUGUUCCAGCCUUCGCUGCAGCAGUCGUGCAACCAUCCCGAGGGGGAGGGGGGAGGCACCAGUCGCCGAGGAGCACGCGAAGGGGGGAAAGUUUAGGCUAAGCCCGGGUGGGGGGGCCCGGCGCCGGAGCGGCGUGAGCGAGGGAGCCCUGUGCGGUCGGGGGAGCCGGACUGCAACUGGCGGCAGAGCGGCCCCGGCCGGCCGGACUCGCGCUGCUGCUCCCGCCGCCGCCUGUGGCUGGAGGGUCCUGGGCUCUGUCUCACGGACCGGCCCGCUCCCCUCCCCCUUCCUGCCCUCCCCGGCCGGGCGGGAGCAUUUAUUCCUCGGAUUAAUUCCCCUUUUUGGUGGGGCGCGUGUGUGUGCGUGCGCGCGUGAGUGUGCGUGAGUGUGUGUUGGGUGGAGUUGUCCCUGGAAUAGUAAAUACUGAGCUUUUUUUUUUUUUUUUUGCCCGUCUCUGCUUUUUAAUUUCUUUUUUUAUUUAAGGUGGGAAAACUGUGAAACCCACCUUGAUUUCCUCCCCUCUCCCUCCUCCCCACCUUCCCUCGCCCCAAGCCCGGACAAGGAAGGAAGGAGCAGUUGGUUGAAUUUCUGGUAAUCUAUGCCAGCAAUUAUGACAAUGUUAGCAGACCAUGCAGCUCGUCAGCUGCUUGAUUUCAGCCAAAAACUGGAUAUCAACCUUUUAGACAAUGUGGUGAAUUGCUUAUACCAUGGAGAAGGAGCCCAGCAAAGAAUGGCUCAAGAAGUACUCACCCAUUUAAAGGAGCAUCCUGAUGCUUGGACACGUGUCGACACAAUAUUGGAGUUUUCGCAGAACAUGAACACGAAAUACUAUGGACUACAGAUUUUGGAAAAUGUGAUCAAAACAAGGUGGAAGAUCCUUCCAAGAAACCAGUGUGAAGGAAUAAAAAAAUACGUCGUUGGUCUCAUUAUCAAGACAUCCUCUGACCCAACUUGUGUAGAGAAAGAAAAGGUGUAUAUUGGCAAGUUGAAUAUGAUUCUUGUUCAGAUACUUAAGCAAGAGUGGCCUAAGCAUUGGCCAACUUUUAUCAGUGACAUUGUUGGAGCAAGUAGGACCAGUGAAAGUCUGUGUCAAAAUAAUAUGGUGAUUCUUAAACUCUUAAGUGAAGAAGUGUUUGAUUUCUCUAGUGGACAGAUAACCCAAGUUAAAGCAAAGCAUUUAAAAGACAGCAUGUGCAAUGAGUUUUCACAAAUAUUUCAGCUUUGUCAGUUUGUGAUGGAAAAUUCCCAAAAUGCUCCCCUUGUUCAUGCCACAUUAGAAACACUGCUGAGAUUUCUGAACUGGAUUCCACUGGGAUACAUCUUUGAGACAAAGUUAAUUAGCACAUUAAUUUACAAGUUCCUGAAUGUUCCAAUGUUCCGAAAUGUUUCUCUAAAGUGCCUCACUGAGAUUGCUGGUGUGAGUGUAAGCCAAUAUGAGGAACAAUUUGAAACUCUGUUUACACUUACAAUGAUGCAGCUAAAACAGAUGCUUCCUUUAAACACUAAUAUCCGACUUGCAUACUCGAAUGGGAAAGAUGAUGAACAGAACUUUAUUCAAAAUCUCAGUCUGUUUCUCUGUACCUUUCUAAAAGAGCAUGGUCAACUUCUAGAAAAACGACUGAAUCUCAGGGAAGCACUCAUGGAGGCUCUUCAUUAUAUGUUGUUGGUGUCUGAAGUGGAAGAAACUGAAAUUUUUAAAAUCUGCCUUGAGUACUGGAAUCAUUUGGCGGCUGAGCUCUACAGAGAGAGUCCAUUUUCUACAUCUGCUUCUCCCUUGUUAUCUGGAAGUCAGCACUUUGAUAUUCCUCCUAGGAGACAGCUGUACUUGACCGUGUUAUCAAAGGUCCGUUUAUUGAUGGUUAGUCGCAUGGCUAAACCAGAGGAGGUACUGGUUGUAGAAAAUGAUCAGGGAGAAGUUGUAAGAGAGUUCAUGAAGGAUACUGAUUCCAUUAAUUUGUAUAAGAAUAUGAGAGAAACAUUAGUUUAUCUUACUCAUCUGGAUUAUGUAGAUACGGAAAUAAUAAUGACUAAGAAACUUCAAAAUCAAGUGAAUGGUACAGAAUGGUCAUGGAAGAAUUUGAAUACAUUGUGUUGGGCAAUAGGCUCCAUCAGUGGCGCAAUGCAUGAAGAGGAUGAGAAGCGGUUUCUUGUUACUGUUAUUAAGGAUCUUUUAGGAUUAUGUGAGCAGAAAAGAGGCAAAGAUAAUAAGGCUAUUAUUGCAUCGAAUAUCAUGUACAUAGUAGGUCAAUACCCCAGAUUUUUGAGAGCACAUUGGAAAUUUUUGAAGACAGUAGUAAACAAGCUAUUCGAAUUCAUGCAUGAGACCCAUGAUGGAGUCCAGGAUAUGGCUUGUGACACGUUUAUUAAAAUAGCUCAAAAAUGCCGUAGGCAUUUUGUUCAGGUUCAAGUUGGAGAAGUAAUGCCGUUUAUUGAUGAGAUUUUAAACAACAUAAAUACCAUAAUUUGUGAUCUUCAGCCUCAGCAGGUUCAUACAUUUUAUGAAGCUGUGGGCUACAUGAUUGGUGCACAGACAGACCAGACAGUUCAAGAGCAUUUGAUAGAAAAAUACAUGCUACUCCCUAAUCAAGUGUGGGACAGUAUAAUACAGCAGGCUACCAAAAAUGUGGAUAUCCUGAAAGAUCCUGAAACAGUCAAGCAACUGGGGAGCAUAUUAAAAACAAAUGUGAGAGCCUGCAAAGCUGUUGGUCAUCCCUUUGUAAUUCAGCUUGGGAGAAUUUAUUUAGACAUGCUUAAUGUAUAUAAGUGCCUCAGUGAAAAUAUUUCUGCAGCUAUUCAAGCUAAUGGUGAAAUGGUUACAAAGCAACCGUUGAUUAGAAGUAUGCGGACAGUAAAAAGGGAAACUUUAAAGUUAAUAUCUGGUUGGGUGAGCCGUUCCAAUGAUCCUCAGAUGGUAGCUGAAAACUUUGUUCCUCCUUUGUUGGAUGCAGUUCUUAUUGAUUACCAGAGAAAUGUACCAGCUGCUAGAGAACCAGAAGUGCUUAGUACUAUGGCCAUUAUUGUCAACAAAUUAGGUGGACAUAUAACAGCUGAAAUACCUCAAAUAUUUGAUGCAGUUUUUGAGUGCACAUUGAAUAUGAUAAAUAAGGAUUUUGAAGAGUAUCCAGAACACAGAACAAACUUUUUCUUAUUACUUCAAGCUGUCAAUUCUCACUGUUUCCCAGCAUUCCUAGCUAUUCCACCUGCACAAUUCAAGCUUGUUUUGGAUUCUAUUAUUUGGGCUUUUAAACAUACUAUGAGGAAUGUUGCAGAUACAGGCUUACAGAUACUUUUUACACUUUUACAAAAUGUUGCCCAAGAGGAAGGUGCAGCACAGAGUUUUUAUCAAACUUACUUUUGUGACAUUCUUCAGCAUAUCUUCUCUGUUGUGACAGACACCUCACAUACUGCAGGUCUAACAAUGCAUGCAUCAAUUCUUGCAUAUAUGUUUAAUUUGGUUGAAGAAGGAAAAAUAAGUACACCAUUAAAUCCUGGAAAUCCAGUUAACAACCAAAUGUUUAUUCAAGACUAUGUGGCUAAUCUCCUUAAAUCUGCAUUCCCUCAUCUACAAGAUGCUCAAGUAAAGCUCUUUGUGACAGGACUUUUCAGCUUAAAUCAGGAUAUUCCUGCUUUCAAAGAACACCUAAGGGAUUUCUUAGUUCAAAUAAAGGAAUUUGCAGGUGAAGAUACGUCGGAUCUAUUUUUGGAAGAAAGAGAAACAGCCCUUCGACAGGCUCAGGAGGAGAAACAUAAACUUCAGAUGUCUGUACCUGGGAUUCUUAAUCCACACGAAAUUCCAGAAGAAAUGUGUGAUUAAAAUCUGAAGUCAUGCUAGGCUUUUUUCUCUCUGCAACAUUUGUUCAUGGAAGAAAACAGCAGAUGGAUUAUUUGUCGACCAAAAUGAUGCCAAUUUGUAAAUUAAAAUGUCACCUAGUGGCCCUUUUUCUUAUGUGUUUUUUGUAUAAGAAAUUUUCUGUGAAAUAUCUUUUCAUUGUUUAAGCUUUUGUUUUGGUCAUCUUUAUUCAGUUUGCAUGAAGUUGAAAAUUAAGGCAUUUUUAAAAAAACUUUUACUUCAUGCCCAUUUUGAGGCAAUGCUGUGGGAGACAGUAAAUUUGAUUUGAAAAUAGACUUGUAAAUUCUAAUACAAAACUAAUUAUAAAUUUUUUCUUGUAAACAAUACAAAUUUUAAUUAGGGAGCAUUUUUUUCUAGCCUGUAUCUUGGCCUAGAAGAAACAUACAUGAGUAAAAGCAAUUGCGUCAAGGGGGUUCUAGAGCUGCAUUGUCUGGAGUUGGCACCUCCUGAGCUGAAUUGUCUGUCUCUAGACUACAUGUGUUAAAAGUCUGUGUGUCAAGUUUGCAGCAAGAUCAUGUGCAUAUCAUCCCAUUGUAAAGCAACUUCAAAAAUAUGGGAACAGUUAGUUAUUUUUACACAGUUCUUUUUGUUUGUGUGUGUGUGUGCUGUCGCUUGUCGACAACAGCUUUUUGUUUUCCUCAAUGAGGAGUGUUGCUCAUUUGUGAGCCUUCAUUAACUCAAAGUGAAAUGGUUAAAAAUAUUUAUCCUGUUAGAAUAGGCUGCAUCUUUUUAACAACUCAUUAAAAAAAAAAAACAACAAAAACAAAACUCUGGCUUUUGAGAUGACUUAUACUAAUUUACAUUGUUUACCAAGCUGUAGUGCUUUAAGAACACUUCUUAAAAGGCAAAAUAAACUUGGUUUACAUU